AGCCAAUCCGAGUGGCAAGAUUCUAAUCUAGCAGUAUCCAACUAGCAAUGUAGCAAGAAAACAAGCAUCGUGUGCAACUGACCUAACUUAUUACACCAGAGUGUACACUAGUUCAGAACUUUGGAAAAGGAACAAAUCUUUUAUCUCUUGCACUUUUUGCACUUGACUUGAUAAACAUGUGUAAAGUGUAUUCAUCAAAACUGAUUAAAAUGAAUCGUCAUAAGGCAUUAUUUGAUUUAUAAUUUAUUUAUGUAUUUUUAUAAAAAUUCUAGGAAAUUAAUGCUAAAACAAAUAGUAAGCAUUAAAGUUUCAUCGACAGAAUGGCAGCGAUUGCAAGAAUCUCACAAGCGAAUAUCGUGCAAGCUACGAGAAAACAUAGUGCUACUGUAUUUUGCUUCCAUGGAUCUGGUGAUACAGCAGAGGGUUUUAAAGAAUGGGUUAAUAUUCUUAAUAGAGAAAAUCUACAGUUUCCACACAUAAAAUUAAUUUAUCCUAGCGCACCUAGUCAACCUUACACACCUAACAAUGGAAUGAUGCAAAACGUAUGGUUUGAUCGUUUGGCAAUAUCCAAUCAAGUUCCAGAACACUUAGAUUCAAUCAAUUCCAUGUGUCAAAAUGUAUCAGAAUUGAUUGACAGAGAAGUGGCUGAUGGAAUUCCAUUUAACAGAAUAAUUCUAGGUGGAUUUUCAAUGGGUGGCUGUCUCGCAUUGCAUCUAGCAUAUAGAUACCGACCAGCCAUAGCUGGUUGUUUUGCUAUGUCUUCCUUCCUAAACAAGGAUUCUAUAGUCUAUGAGUAUUUGAAAAUGAAUCCAGAACAUUGUAAGAUACCGCUUGUUCAAUAUCAUGGCACAGUAGAUACUUUAGUUCCUAUUGAAUGGGGUAAGCAGAGCGCUAAGAAUUUGAAAGAUCUUGGAGUAAACGUGAAGUUUGUGCCGCUGCAAAAUAUGGAACACGAGUUGAGUCGUGAGGAGAUUCAAAGUUGGAGGAACUGGCUCCUCCAAAUCUUGCCGGAUAAAUAAUAUACAAAUUGUUAAAUAUUAAAAUUAUUGUUCAUGUACUAUAUUUUAUAAUCAAGACUGUAAAAUGGUAUAUAUUGCAUUUGUUUUUAGAAAUAUAUUGAUAAUAGUUGUUAUG